AACGCAGCCGGACGUGGAGCGGAUAUGGCGCUUUAUCCAUGUGAAGAGAGCUCAAUUUUCCUCUCCACGUUUACACACGAAGCGAGAUCUCAGAGUUUGCACAUACUGAUAUGAAGGUUGCACCAUUGUUAUGCUGUUUCCUGCUCGUCUGCGGUAAACAUAUCCUUACCAAGGUUCAAGAAGCGAACCAGUACAUGGACAAGCUACUUCAUUACACGUUGCAGCAGUCUGGCAGCAUUUCAAACGUCGCGCACCUGGAUGGAUUCAGGAUCAAGUUCGUCAGAGAAAGUCAGGAAGACAUAGGGCAUGCGUGGCAGAAUGCAGUGUCUCGUGCUCCAUUCUAUUACACUCUCGUUAGGCGAGACGUCAGGCCUCGUGACACCGGUCACCUCCUCUCUCUCACACACCGGUUCUCUCCUAGGAGACAUGGUCAUAAGGUCACGAAACGUCUCGUCAUUUCAAUAAUCAAGCCAUCCUUGGAGAACGACUUCGAGUUGAACUUGCAGGGAGGCAAGAUGACGGGCUUCCACUGGAUCAGAAGACUCGGCGACUGCUCGCCUCCAUUCUGGCAGCUGGGGAACGUUACCCUGUCUUGCUACCUGUCGCUCGAUGGCGUCCGAGCUGAUUACAACGGUACAACCUUCGGUGAACUCUCAUCCCUUGGGCAUGUUGAGGACCUUCAGCAUGAAAAUAUCAGCGUGAGAGCGAAUUUGAAGGGUUGGAGAGUCUUCGUCGAGGUAACAAGUUUGCCACGGCUCAGCUCAUGGACGCUCAGUUCAACCCAGGCUCAACCACCCAGGCUCAGUUCAUGGAGUGUCACAGGGCAUGAACUGCAUAUCACGUAUUCAAGGGCCAUCAACAUAGAUUCUGAUCGGGCGAUGACACUACACCGCAAGGUCGAUACAGACAUCCGACAAAUAGUCACAGAAUUCCUGUACAGCCCCAUGCAAUACGGUUUUCGAAGCGCUGUUCAAAUGACUACUUUACCUUUGCCUUGAACUGCCAGCUAUACGUACAUAUACGAUACGGCUGAGGAAUAAAAGUGUGGCUGUUUAAGCGCAUGCGGAA